CACGAUCAUCAAACUGGUGGCUCAGCCAGCAUCGGCAACACCGGCAUAGUACAGCAGGCUAGCAACUGAGUCAUCAAGUUUCCUGCUGAGCUCCCACCGGCAGCAACGACAUGGAGGAUCACUUCGACUUUGGCCGGAAGAUCUCCAAGGAGGACGAGGGGGCGGCGGUGAAGCCGACGAGGAGCUUCCGGUACGAGGACUACAGCACCAGGCGGGUCUUCCUGCGGAGCUAUCCGCUGCAGUGGGACUGGUCGCCGGCGCCGGACGACGACGAGAAGCACGCACUGGCCGGCGCUACCGAGGCCGCCAAGGUCGGGGACGACGGCGACGAGCGCUGCGGCGGCGGCGGCAGGGGGUGGAAGAGGCAGGUGCUGGAGGUCGUGGUGGAGUGGGGGGAGGACAAGCUGCUGCUGCUCCGGAGGGCCAAGAAGCGCCUGGCGCUCUACUUGCUCGGCUGUCACUACGGCGGCCGCCCGGCGCUACCCUUCCGGUCCGGCGGCGGCUCCUCCACCGCCUCCAUGCUCACCUCGAGAUGAUCGUGCCGCGCGAUCUAUCCAUCGAUCUACAUCUGUUCUUGCUGAUCCUUGUUGUGCUCCCUUUUCUUUGCUCUCUGAAUGGGAUAUAGAAAAUAAGUACACAUAUGCUAGCAAAAAAUUGAUUACCGCAAGUAAAUAGAAUCUGUAGCAGUGCUAAUAUGUUCAUUGAAAAUUAGAGGCAUUGUAGAAAGGUGUUGAUCCCAGGGAAUCUCUGGGAUAGAUUGGCAGCUGAAAAGGUACCACUAUCGUUUCGAAGGGGAAAAAGAGAGGAGAAAACGAAAAAGGCACCACUCACUACUUGUUCCCUUGGAAAAGAAAUUGCACCGACGACCUUUGCAACA